GUCCUUCCAGAGAAGAAAUCCUCUUUCUGCAGUCCAUUAAUAGGAAGAGUAAUCACUUUAUUUAUUCAUCACCAUGUAUAUGAUCUAUUUAUGCAUGUGUAUUUGUGCACAUACAGGGUGCUAUGCAAUUUCUGGAAAAUUAUGAAAAAGAAGACAUAACAGUAGCAGAACUGGAAGGAAAUUCAAAUUCUUUGUGGACCAUCAGCCCUCCCAGUAAGCAGAAAAUGAUAGAGGAACUCAUGGACCCCAAUAGUAGCUUCUCUGUUGUUUUUUCAUGGAGUAUUCAGAGAAACAUGAGUCUGGGUGCAAAAGCAGAAAUAGCAACGGAUAAGCUUUCUUUUCCUCUUAAAAACAUUACACGUAAGAAUAUAGCUAAAAUGAUAGCCGGCAACAACACAGAAAGUUCAAGAACACCAGUGACUAUAGAAAAGAUCUACCCAUAUUAUGUGAAAGCACCUAGUGAUUCAAACUCAAAACCUAUAAAGCAACUUUUGUCUGAAAAUAAUUUCAUGAAUAUCACCAUCGUUUUGUCCAGAGACAAUACAACUAAAUCUAACAGUGAGUGGUGGGUUCUCAACCUGACUGGCAAUAGAAUAUUCAAUCAGCAUGCCCAGGCCUUGGAACUGGUGGUCUUCAAUGACAAAGUCAGCCCCCCAAGUCUGGGGUUCUUGGCUGGCUACGGUAUCAUGGGAUUAUAUGCUUCAGUUGUCCUUGUGAUUGGGAAGUUUGUCCGCGAAUUCUUCAGUGGGAUUUCUCACUCCAUCAUGUUUGAAGAGCUUCCAAAUGUGGAUCGAAUCCUGAAGUUGUGCACAGAUAUUUUUUUAGUUCGAGAGACAGGGGAACUGGAAUUAGAGGAAGAUCUCUAUGCCAAAUUAAUAUUCCUGUACCGCUCACCAGAAACCAUGAUCAAAUGGACUAGAGAAAAAACAAAUUGAUACUUUAAGACACAGACUGCAAAUCAAGUUAACAUUUGAAUUUUUUAAAAAGCACAAUAUUCUCAUAAGAGCUAAGCAUUUCUAGUUGGACGGAAAUGGUUUCUCUUCUGACAGGUGUUCAAAGGAGCUGACUUCCUUCUGCAGUCUAAGCUACCUUGCAAAUGAAGGCGCUGUUGAAAAAGUU